AUGCCCCGUUCUGGUUUAGUAACUUUUUUAAUUUCGGUUGCGUUUCUAAUCCGCGGCCAGAAAACCGAAACGGCUUUGGCAGAAUCAACCACUUUGCCUUUAGCCGAAUCCUUGAUAAUUGAAACGACGACGACGGAAAGCCCCAAAGAGGAGGGUAAAAAUGCUUACAUCGACAUGGAGAUUAUCAGCAUUGAGGUGUUACCGAAAGUUGGCAAUGCUGUGGUUUUGUCUUGGGGGAAGCCGUUGAGGGAGUAUCACUUAGAUUGGACUUAUGGAGUCUACUACGGGGAGAGUAUGGAGGAAGCCCUCAAAGAACCAAAAUUGACCACCAAAGACCUCUACACCGAAAUCGCCAACUUGACCUUCUGCACGCAGUACAUCUUCGCCGUGGGAGUAGUCGACCCCACCUCCAAGCCCCCGCACCCGGCCCGCAGUCUCCGCACAAUCGGCACCCUCAUCGACGAACUCGCCCCUCCUGAGCACCUCCAAGUGGAAUUCAUCCCCGAGGAGGACCCCUGCUUGCUAAUCAAGUGGUCUGCUUCUUGCCCAAACAUCGCUGUACCUCUUGGCUACUUGGUCACCAUCCACGAGGUUGACUCCCCCCGCAUGAUGCUCAUCACCCACCCCCUCACCACCUCCGUGGAGUUGGCCCAAACUCUUCGCGUCAUCCACGGGAAAACUUACGAAAUUAAAGUCGCCACCGACAUGGUGGGGUCGCAACCCACCGACGUCGUCUCCUUCAAAGUCCCGCAUUUCUUGCAACCCUAUAAUGUGCGUUUGACGUCGCGGCCAGAUGGGGCGUUUGUGAUGUAUUGGCGCGAGCCCUUCGUGCCCUACUUCGUGGACGACUUCUACUACGAGGUGUAUGUCUACCCGGGGAGGGACCUGCAGGGCAAGGCGAUGAUCUACCCCACGGAGAGGCCGGUGUUUCAGUUUCAGGGCAACCAGAGCGAAUACACCUUCAUGGUGGGGUUGAGGUCAGGAGACGGGGAGUUUAAGUCGUAUCUGACGGAUCCGGUCGCGAUAAACUUACUAGGAGAUAAUGUGACGCUUAGUGUGACUUAAACGAGUGUUUGGUUUCAAAGUGAGGAAAGAAAAAUCUAAGGUGAACUUUAAAAUUGAAUUCUGGCCUUGCAGUUUUAGUCAAAUGUUACGAAAACUUCUCAAACUAAAUCGCUAAACAAUUUUUAAUUCAUCUGUUGCAAUUUUUUGUCAUUAAAAAUAAGUUUUAUUUGCAAGCCAGUGGCGCAGCG